GUUUUGCGCUUAUGCAAAACAAAGAGAAACGCUCAACAUUCAGUCUCCUGUAUCUCUUCGUAUAGAUGAAAUGUUUAUGUCAAUUUUGACAUUUCUCGAAGCAAAAUAAAACAAACUUGGAGAGCUUUUAUAGUUUAGUUUUCUUUAAUUAAAAAUAUACUUACUAAAUUACAAUUAUUAACUAUUGUAAAAUGGUAAGCUGCGCAGUAGCCAGCUGCAAAAACACUUCAGUCAAAAUUACAAAACACACCAACGGGAUAACAUUUCACAGGUUUCCACGUGAUAAAAAGCGUCGUCGGCAAUGGGAAGUGGCGGUGGACCGGGAGAACUGGUCGUCAACGGCGUCGAGCGCUGUGUGUUCAGAACAUUUUGAUGUAAAGGACUUCUAUGUGACUGACUCCGGGCUACGUCGGCUGUCAGUUGAAGCUGUGCCGGUUAUCAAUAUCUCCAUAUGCCAACCAAGAGCUCAAACAGUAACCGAUCUACAGCCAGCAGACAUCAACUCAACAGACUCCGAAGAAGUCGUCAAACUAAAGUACAAAUUACGAAGACUAGAAAUAAUCUCCUCUAACAGGAAAAGAAGGAUCUACGAACUAUGGAAAAGUAAUAAAAGGUUUAAAAAGAAAUUACAACAGAUGAAAACUGUUAUCAAACAUUUAAUACAGAAUAAGGAAGAAUCUGAAAAAUUAUGUACGGAGCAAAAUAAUGGUUUAGAAAGUAUUCAUAUAGAUCAUGAAGGAAUUGGAUAUGCCGAAUGUUGAAAUGGAAAUUAUUUUGUAAAUUGGAAAAUGAAUAAGGUAAAUAUUAUUUUGAUUAUUUGCUAAAUUGUGAUCUACAACUGAGGUAAAUUUUAGUAGUUUCUGAUGUCAUUCAUUGCAAAAAUGAAAAGUUGUGAUUAAUAAAGUCUAAGAAGUAACAAAGACAUAUUUAAAUCUGUAUAGACAGAUAAAGUCUAAGAAAAAAACGUACCUCAAAACCAUAAUGAAAAAGGUAUG